GCCAAGGGAACCCAGGAGGCGGGUCUCGUAGAAAAGAUAUAAGCGGCCCCGGGACGCUGACAAGCUGCCAGCUGCGGAGUCUCCAUCUGGAAGAGCCGCGGCUGCCGAGGAGGAGAACGCAGAGCCUGGCCCGACCGACGGACGCGCCGACCGCCGCUGCGCCGCCGCCCCCAGCUCGCGCUGCCUCCUGCUCGCGCCGAAGCACGAAGGUCACUCCCGCCCCGGACAGCCUAGAGAGCCCAGAACCGAGAUGGAAACGGUCCAGGAGCUGAUUCCUCUGGCCAAGGAGAUGAUGGCCCAGAAGCCCAACCGGAAGCUGUUAAAGCUGUACGUGCUGGGCAGCGUCCUGGCUUUCUUCGGUGUGGUGCUAGGCCUGGUGGAGACUGUGUGCAGCCCCUUCACGGCCUCCAGCCGCCUGCGGGAGGAGGAGGCAGCUGUGGCCGAGCUGCAGGCCGCCCGUGAGCGAAAGGCCCUCCAGACACAAGCCCUGCUGGAGAAAGGCAAGCAGCAGGAGGCCAUCCUCCGCAACCGGCAGCAUGGCUCCUAAGAACCCGGGGAGACCAGCAGAGGGAGGGGGAGAGAGAGACUGAGCUAGGGACAGAGACAGAGAGAGAGGGCAAGCGAGCGCAGGUCAGGCUCAAGUGGGAGACAGCAGGAGUCCUGUGCUGUUUGGACUUCCUUCUGAGAAGCCACUGACUUCUAGAACUGAACUACCACACAGAUCCACGAAAGGAGUUUGGGGUUGAGUUUUGCUGCUGUGAGACACUACAGAAAGAUAUGUCCAAAACUAUGUAUCUUUAAGCUAUCUGAGUGCAUCUACCAUUUUGCACUGGGGCAGAGGGAGGGGAAUGCUUUUUAUAUUAAUAUUAUUAUUGUUAUUAUUAUUAUUAUUACAAUGACCACCAUUUUGCAUUUUGAAAUAAAAAACGUUUUAUACUGUA